AUGAUUAACGAAGACAACUUCUGUCUCACGAAGUCGGCCGAAAAUCAGUUGGCGCGUACACUGCGCAAUGAGGAGAGUGGUCGCACCCGUCACACAGGCCGUGAUGACCGGGCUACAACAGAGCAGGUACUGGACCCGCGUACCCGCAUGAUUCUGUACAGAAUGCUGAACCAUGGCAUUGUAAUUGAGAUAAACGGCUGUCUGAGUACAGGCAAGGAAGCGAACGUGUACCACGCACGUCUACAAGAAGGCCGUGAGUGUGCCAUAAAGGUCUAUAAGACGUCUAUCUUGGUGUUCAAGGACCGCGACAAGUACGUAUCAGGUGAAUUUCGCUUUCGCCAUGGCUAUUCGAAGAAAAAUCCGCGCAAGAUGGUCAAGCUUUGGGCCGAGAAAGAGAUGCGCAACUUGCGACGCCUUCGAGAUGCUGAUAUUCACUGUCCCACACCCAUAAUGUUGCGCUCGCAUGUGCUGCUCAUGGACUUUAUUGGUCAUGACGGCUGGGCUGCCCCUCGCCUCAAAGACGCCAAAAUUAGCGAUAAUCGCUACCGAGAAUGCUAUAUUCAGUGCAUCAAAAUGAUGCGCAACAUGUACCAGAAGUGCCGCUUGGUGCACGGUGACUUGAGCGAGUACAAUAUUUUGUACUACCAGGCUAAACUCUAUAUUAUAGACGUGUCGCAAUCCGUCGAGCAUGAGCAUCCAAGUGCCAACGAUUUCUUACGCAACGACUGUCGUAAUAUUACCGACUUUUUUUGCAAGACAGGCGCGCUGAACCCCAUGACAACGCAAGAAUUAUUCGAUUUUGUCACAAAUCUGUGCAUUGCUGAUGACGAUGUGGAUGAUCAUCUUGAAGCAGUUCAGCGCAUGAUAGCUGACCGACCGGUGGAGCGCACCAAUGAGGAGCAAGUUGACGAGGCGGUAUUCAUGAACACUUUUAUCCCUCGCUCGUUCGGCGAGGUGCUGCACUCGGAGCGCGAGCAGCUCGCGUAUCAAGAUGGUACAAUGGAAAAGGCAUUUGUGACAGCAAUAUCGCGCCUUGAGUUAGAGCAAAUUACCACGCCAGGCUCGGUAGCGCGAGGCGCACGUAUCAUGGAUUUGCUCAAUGAGGAAGAUGAUCGGGAGAUUGACUCUUGUGAUGAAGAGGACGACAUAGAUGCGGAAGAUGACAGUGAUCAAGACAACGGUUAUGAAGUCGAUGAGCCAGAAAGAUCAAGAUCGUCGGAUGGGCCACUCACUGACAUACAGCGUUCCUUGUAUCGGCAAGAAAAGCGUGAAGAUCGUGAAAAACAAAAAGCUUUGGACAAGCAGAGCAAGAAAUUACACAAGCAAGUAAUGAAGGAGGAAAAGAAGGCCAAGCGUGAGACAAAGAUACCGAAGCAUUUGAAAAAGCGCCACAAAAAACUUUCACAUAUGAAAAAGAAAAAAUAG